AAACAAUGCAUGGUUUGUGUAGUGUUCUGUGGCAUAGACAAACUGUUCUGUGGUUUGUGUUCUGUUCUGUUAUUUUUAUACUUCUGUAAUUCCCAAUUUUUCACAGAAAAACCCCCAACUCAAGAAUUCCCUGGAAGUAGUUUGUGAUGAAACAUUGAAGGAGGUCAUUCUCAUCCUAAAACCAGAAAUCGUAGUUGGAAUUGGAAGAUAUUCAGAAAAAAGGGUAUCAAAUGUUGUCAAACUGUUAAAACAGGAUAUAAAGGUAUUGUAUAUGCCGCAUCCAAGUCCUCGCGCCAUUUAUAAAAAUGGUUGGUCGUAUGAAGCGAAUAAGUUCAUUACUAAAAACAAUUUAAUGAAGUACUUUCAAUAACAACAAAUGGAACCAUUAUCCAAAAGAAUCAAAUUAAUUGAAGUUGAAGCAAUUUCAUCUAACCUGCACAAUAUUGAUCAAUCAUGUGACACCUUGACUGAUAUUGAAAAAGAAUAUCUGGAAAAGGCUUUCUAUUUUGCAAAUGAAGCUCUGGAGGCACAAGAAGUCCCAGUUGGUUGUCUUUUUGUCUACCAAAACAACAUUAUAGCUGUAGGACGUAAUACAGUUAAUGAAACCAGAAAUGCUACCAGACAUGCCGAAAUGAACUGUAUAGAUGAUGUUUUUGCUUAUUGCAAAAUUAAAACUUUAAAUCCUUCUCUUGUUUUCCAAGAGAUCGAUGUAUAUGUAACUGUGGAACCAUGUAUAAUGUGUGCUGCGGCAUUAUAUGAUUUGAAAGUGAAAUCUGUGAUUUUUGGUUGUAAAAAUGAUAGGUUUGGUGGAGAGACAGUUUUCAAUGUAGCUGCAGUCCUAAAACCAGUUACUCAGAGGAAGGGUGGAUAUAGAGCUGAUGCAGCCAUGGAUUUACUGAAAAAAUUUUAUCAAGGUGUCAAUCCUAAUGCUCCUCCUUCAAAAGUUAAAGUAAGAGGUAAAAAAUUGGGCAACGACUAAUCUAUAUUACAAUAUUAUAUUUUAAACACAUUUUUUUUUAUUGGUACAGUAGAACGUUGAUUACCUGAACUAGAAGGGGGACAGCUGCUUGAAUUUCAGAUUUUUUUUCUGAAACAGUCCGGUUAAAUGAAUUUUCAGUUAAUCAAUGUUAGGAUAAACAACGCUCCACUGUACUAGGAAUUUUUCAUAAUUUGUUUUAUUUAGGGUUUUUUGCUGGGAAUUAAUAGUAAUUUAUCAUAUGAAACAAUUAUAUAUUUUACAAUAUUCAAUAUAAAUUUAAAUGUCCAUUUA